GGUCCUGGUCGUGGGUCUCGUAUACGAAAUUCCCUCACUGGGGCGCGCGGUUCUUGCAUACCGCUUCCCCGGGCGGUGGAAGUCUGACUGGGGCAAGGGGGGGUGUGAUGUACCAAGAAAGUCUAGAGGAUUUCUGCCUCCCAAGGUGAGCUUCGUGGUGUCGAGGACGACCCAGCCGUGCGCCCCUCGCACCAGGGCCGCCGCCGUGCAGACGGAGCAGCCCGCGCGCCCGCCGCCGAUGCCGGGAGCUCUCGAGGAGCUGGCGGCGCGGAGGCGCGCAGCCGUGCCGAGGGCUCGCCGCAGGAGGGGGCAGGCGAAGGUCCGCCUCUGCACCUCGGAGCGCCAGGUGCUGGCCUUCGAGGAGACGCCCCAGCACACGAGGGUGACGUGCCUGCUGGGCGCCAUGAGGCGCAUCAAUGCCCGCGGCCGAGGCUGCUGCAUGCUCCACGUCAGCGUGGCCGCUGCGAGGCAGUGCCUUGACGCCAUCGAUCUGGAGCGCUGCGGAGGCGUGGACUUCGGCGGACGGCAGUGCCCGGCGUGCUUCGCUCUGGUCGACCCGGGGCCUCCCUGUGAUGAGACGGACGGCGGCAUGCUGCAAGAUUGCGAGACUUGUGGGAGCGAGAUCUACUCUCUGCCGCCCAAGGUGUUGUCAUCCGCGGGGUCGACGCCCAUGGCCUCGGACGAGUCGCCUGCCAAGGCCCUGGCGCCUGCAAGCCGCGUCUCGGGGGCAUCCAAGUUCAAGAUAUCGCUAGACAGGAGCGACGGAGCCAAGCUGGGGAUCGACGUCGAUAUCAGCCACUGUUCCGCGGUGCUCGUUAAGAACGUCCUCGAGGAGGGUCUGGUUCACCAGUGGAACACCGCAACGAAAAGGCGGAGGUCAGAAGCGGUGAUUUUUUUAUCGAAGUUAAUGGAAUUUGUGGGAGCUCGAAUGCGAUGCUUGCAGAGUUGUCUGAGAAGAAGCCGCUGGAGAUCGUCGUCCUAAAGAGCCCUAUCUACAGCCGACGAGCCAGAAAUCAGUUUGCCUCGCAAGAGAGAGUGGUUGAUCGUGUGAAGGCAGAGGAGGAGGAGCGGGCCUAGGCGAAGUCGAAUUUUGAGAGUUAGUGACAUGUGAAUGGAUUCAUUUUCGUUGGCGCAAGGGGCAGCGGCUUUCUGCAUGAGCUGAUCUCUCGUAUUAGGUGACGAGUUCGACCCGCUGCAGGUACAUGAGCACAUCAGCGACGGUUCGCCACGGAGAAAGAGCUCACCGCAGGCGCAAUCAUCUUACUAUGCGGGCCGAACUUCCGUACAAUGGCCGAACGUCCGUCCAAACGGCGCUCUCGCCUCGGCGCGGGCAGCACACCGCCAGCGUCACCUGCACGCCGUGGCCAGUUUAAGAGCGAAUCGUGAGGAUGUCUCAUCAGCAGAAGCCGG